AUGUUAGAUGAACUAUAUAAAGCAGAACGUGGAGAGAUGGAAAAGAAACUUCAAGCAAAAGAUGAAGUCAUUGAAUCCAAAGACAAAAGCAUACAGAAAAGAAUACCACGUUCAGUACCAAAAGGAAAGGAAAAGAGUUAUAAGUAUAUGAUAUAUACUGAAGAGUUGGAGAAAGAAGAAGAUAAAGAUAUGGUUAUGUUGCAUUUAGUCAGAAGAAACAACAAGAGCUUUUAUGACCUUGCUAAGAUUUACAAAUCUGACAGAAACUGGUUCUAUCGUGAAAACUUACCGAUUUCAAUGACACCGAAUGAGCAAAUAAAGGAAAUUGUCAAAAGUACUCUUCCUCAAACACACUAUGACAUCAAAGGUUGCACAAUACUUACAUUCAAAGAAGACUUACCAUUACUGAAGGAAAAAAUAACAGAAUAUUUCGAUAACUUCAAAGAGGAAGAAUAA